CGUCGCCAAUGGGGUUUUUCGACACGCCAAUGCGCCGAAAUUUGAAAAAGACUCAAAUCAGAGGGUGGGGAUAUCCUGACCAAUUUGGACUGUUUGAGACUUUCUACAAGUUCGACAACUAAUGAUCUGCGUUGGAUUUUAGAGUGGAAGAGUCCAAGAGAUGGCCCUGCAUCGGCAAAAAGAGGACGUCUUACUGGCGUGGAUAAACAGCCUCCGUUUGGCGAACCCAGUUAAUAACAUUAUCCUUUUACAAGAUGGCAUCUUGCUUUUGAAGUUGAUAUGCAAACUGAAGGGACAAGAAGUUCAGGGACUGCUGGAUCAGCCCAUCCAGAAAAGACUUGAAUUUGUCUCUGACUUUCUUCGAACAGCGCACUGCCGGUACAAAGCAGACAGAGGAGCCAUUAUCUCAUGGGACAACAUCCUGAAUCGGAAAGACUUGGAUAUAGAGUUGUCAAAGGUGGUUGUGCUCCUUAUGUGCCAUACCAUCGUUAAUGAACUUCUAAUAACGGACGAACUGGACCAUAAGACGGAGAUUCAGAUGGCUGCAGUACUCCGCUUUGUUCUCGAUAAUGAGAACAGUCUUCACCUGAGUGACAAUUUGGAGAAAUUUCUCCAAAAACCAUUCACUGUUUGUUUGCCCAGCGACUCCAGCACAAGCAGUUUCAGUGAUGAAUCACCUGUCCUAAGCAGAAUUCGGAGACCAGAAGUAAAGUUCUUGGAGCUGAUGACCGUGGCAUCCAGCUCAGCUGGAUCCCCUAUACAGGAAGUCCUUAACACACCCCAAUUCCAGCUGAGGAAGGUGCGUAAACAGCUGGCUGAGGAGAGGGAUAUGAGGGAUGAGCUGGAGCGGGAGCUGGCCAACACCAGCCAGUUGGUCGCAGAAAGAGAAUUACAGAUAUCCCAGCUGCAGCAUCGGCUCCAGAGGCUGAUGAGGGAUAAUGCAGAGCAGGACCAAGAGCCCAAAGCUUUGGAGGAGCUCCAGAAUAAAAAUGAAGGGCUGCUGAAGCAUUUGCAUGAAGUGCUAAAGCAGUGCCAGGACUUGAAAACCAACAAGGGUCAAAUGGAAAAGAAGAUUGAUCAGCUGACUGAGGAGAAUGGAGAUCUGUCUGUCAAUAUUAAAGACAUAGUUGCUCGUUUGUCGAGUGCCCAGACAAUGGUGGACACCCUGAGUGAGGAGCAGCAGGCAUCACAGGCAGAGUGGGAGAGCAAGAAAAUGUUCUUUGAGACUGAGCUUUGCCAGGCUGUGUCUGAAAAGGAGAGCUUGAGUGAGCAAAUUCAGAUUUUACGAGGGAAGAUCUCUAUUCUGGAGGAUGAGCUGAGAAAAGCCCAUGCCCAAACUCAGGAGCGAGGCGAGGUCAUGGGACCCAUAAUGGAGUGGGAAAGGCUAAACCAGGAAAUUUCUGAAUUAACGUGCAAGCUCUUGCAGCUCCAAGAAACCAUUCUCCAGCUGGAGAAGGAAAAAGGAGAAAUGCAAGCAAAGCAUGAGAUGGAGAAAAACAAAUUUGAGAGUGAGGUCUCCCAUCUACAAGGGCUCAUAUCUGAACUACAGCAUACCCUGUGUGUCCUUCGGGGCGAAAGGGAGGCACUUGAGCAGAUCUCAAGAGAGCAGCAGGCAACAAUGACUUCCCAGAUUAGUGCCAUGAAUGCAGAGAUUGCCCGUCUUUCUGAUGUGAUUCACCAGAAGGAGCUGGCAGCAACGGUAUUUAGCCAGCAAGUGGCAGAGGAACAGAAACAGAAGGAGAUUUUGAUGCAGAACAUGGAGAAGCAGGAUCAGAUAAACCAGGAAACCGUUCAGGGACUGAGCGAACAAGUGAAACACCUAGAAACUACUUUGAAAUCAAAGGAAGAGGAGAGCUCUCGCCAGCAAGCCAUUCUGCAAGAGGCAUCUGAGAGUGCAAUCCAGGAAAGGGAUACUAUUUUGGUGGAGUAUCAUCAGUUUCGCCAGGCAAAAGAGGAGGAAGUCCUUGAUCUUAAUAAACAGGUCAGGCAACUUGAAGAGCAGCGGGAGGUUGAGCGGUCUCUCUUGUCUGACCUCAGGAGAGAGAAAGAAGAGCUACAUUUGAAGUUGAUAUCUUUGGAAUCUGCCAUCAGGGAUCUGCAAAAUGAGUUGGAAGUGGAGAGCCGUAAACACAGGGAGACACUCGCAGCCAAGCUCCAGAAGCAUUCCCAAAUGGAAUCUGAGAUCACUGAGCUUGGACACAGGGUCCAGCAGUUACUGACGGAUAUUAAGCUGAUGGGCCAGCAGCUUAAUGAAGCACAACAGGAGAAACGCCAUGCUGAAUCCUGUGUGGAAGAGCUGAAGAUUGAAUGUAGAGAGCUGUCAAAUGCACUUUCAGCAGAACGUGAUCAUAGUCUUCACCUGGCCAAGGAGAGAGCAGCAGAAGUUGAGAUGCUAAGUGCUAAUGUUCAAACAAAGACUGAAGAAGUGGAAAAACUGGCAAAGGAGACUGAGCAAUACCUUGUGGAACUUGAAGCCACAAGGACUGCAAAAAGUACUGUGGAGUCUCACCUUAAUUCUGUCAUUGAAAAACACCAAGCAGAGAUUUGUACAUUGCAUCUUGAGUUGACCGAUGUGCAAGGAUUGGUGAAGCAAAAGGAAGCCGAAAAGGAACUCUUACAGGAUGAAAUAUCUACCAAAGAGGAAGAAGUGAAGAUCCAGCAAGAACGUGUACUUUAUCUUCAAAGUGAAACUGCUCAAAUGGAGGAACUGCGACAAAAUCUUGCAGAGGAGGAGAAGAGACAUCAAAUGACUAAGCAAGAUGCUGAUGCCAGAAUGGCGGAGGUUCAGCUAUUGAGGGUCUCAUUAGAUGAAAAAGAAGAUAAGAUCAGCACUCUCCUACAGAGCAUUCAGGCUUUGGAAGAGAAGGCUUGUGCUUUGCAGGAUGUUCAGAACAAGGAGAGUGAGGAUUAUAAGCACUCUGUCUCUGAACUAGAGCAAAGGGUAGCUGAAAGUCAAGCACAAAUCUGUAAAAAGGUUACAGCCUUUGAAACCCAGAGUCAGCUAGUGUUAAGUCUACAAAAAGAUCUGGCCCUUGAACAAGCUAGAGCUGUUUCACUGGAAGAGAAUCUCAAGGCUUUAGAAUCUGCUCUCAGAACCCAAAAGAUGCAGGAAAAAGAAUUGAGAGAAGAGUCCAUUGUUCAUAGGGAAGAACUCAACAGACAAAAAGCAGAUUUGGAAAAACUACAUCAAGAAAUUUUGCUGAUUCAGGAAAAAAAACGAGAGGCAGAAAGCAGGGAAGUCAUAGCUACAGAAAAGAUUACAAUCCUACAGGCUGAAGUUCUCUCAGUUUCCUCCUUGGCUACAGAAAGAAAUGAAAGUCUUGAGCACAUGAAAAAGGAAUUUGCUGCUGUAAGUAUAGAAUUAAAUUGUCUGAAAGAGCAGGAUAUUGAGAGAAACAAACUUGCUGCAGCAGAUUGCAAAAGACAAGAGGAAGCCAUUCACAAACUUCACAGAGAUCUUCUCUCUGCAUCUAGUCUUUCCUCAGAAAGGGAUCAGGAAAUUCAGAUGCUGCAAACGAAAGUGUCCUCCUUGAAAAAGGAAUUGGAAAUACAGGAGGAGAUGCAAUGCUUGAGAGACCAAGAGACAAAUGCAAUGAGGUCUAAAUGCAGAGAAUUGGAGGAGAAAAUUACCCAACUUGAGGCCCAGGUUCUGGGGGCCUCUACCCUUGCUUCUGGGAAGGAAUUGGAGCUUUGUACCCUGCGUAGUGAAUUCACAGAAAGGGAGAACUUGAGACUCAACGCAGCUGAAACUGAAGCAGCUCAACGCAGAGAAUUGGAGGAGAAAGUUGCCCAACUUCAGGCCCAGGUUCAGGAGGCUUCUACCCUUGUUUCUGGGAAGGAAUCAGAGCUUUGUACUCUGCGUAGUGAAUUAAAAGAAAGGGAGACCUUGAGACUCAAAACAGCUGAGACUGAAGCAGCUCAACGCAGAGACUUGGAGGAGAAAGUUUCCCAACUUGAGGCCCAGGUUCUGGAGGCCUCUACCCUUGCUUCUGGGAAGGAAUCAGAGCUUUGUACCCUGCGUAGUGAAUUAAAAGAAAGGGAGAACUUGAGACUCAACGCAGCUGAGACUGAAGCAGCUCAACGCAGAGAAUUGGAGGAGAAAGUUGCCCAGCUUCUGGAGGCCUCUACCCUUGCUUCUGGGAAGGAAUUGGAGCUUUGUACCCUGCGUAGUGAAUUCAAAGAAAGGGAGAACUUGAGACUCAACGCAGCUGAGACUGAAGCAGCUCAACGCAGAGAAUUGGAGGAGAAAGUUUCCCAACUUGAGGCCCAGGUUCUGGAGGCUUCUACCCUUGCUUCAGGGAAGGAAUCAGAGCUUUGUACUCUGCGUAGUGAAUUAAAAGAAAGGGAGAACUUGAGACUCAAAACAGCUGAGACUGAAGCAGCUCAACGCAGAGACUUGGAGGAGAAAGUUUCCCAACUUGAGGCCCAGGUUCUGGAGGCCUCUACCCUUGCUUCUGGGAAGGAAUCAGAGCUUUGUACCCUGCGUAGUGAAUUAAAAAAAAGGGAGAACUUGAGACUCAACGCAGCUGAGACUGAAGCAGCUCAACGCAGAGAAUUGGAGGAGAAAGUUUCCCAACUUGAGGCCCAGGUUCUGGAGGCCUCUACCCUUGCUUCUGGGAAGGAAUUGGAGCUUUGUACCUUGCGUAGUGAAUUCAAAGAAAGGGAGAACUUGAGACUCAACGCAGCUGAGACUGAAGCAGCUCAACGCAGAGAAUUGGAGGAGAAAGUUGCCCAACUUGAGGCCCAGCUUCUGGAGGCCUCUACCAAUGUGUCUUUAAGAGAAUCAGAGCUUAGCUCCCUGCACAAAGGGAUGGAAGAGAUCAUUGCUAAUUUGAAAGCAAAACUCCUUAGUGCCUCUACACAGGAAGAAAAUGCUACAAAGCUCCAGCAGCAAAUAGCAGCCCUGAGGCAUACGAAUGAGGAGCUGCUGUUAAUAAGAGAAGGAUUGCAAAAGGAACAGGAGGUUUCCCAGAAAUUAACAGAGGACUUGGCAACACAGCUUCAACUUGCAAGGGAGGAGCUCUCUACACUCCGCCCUCUGAGAGGAGAGAUGGCAGAGAGGUCACAGCUCAAUACUGACCUCCAAGAGCAAUUGUCUCUGAAGUCUGAGGCCUUGGAGCAUUACAAAGCUCAGGUUGAAAAUGCAAAAAUUCAUUAUAAUGGGAAGAAGCAGCAGCUACUAGAGGCCAAUGAGAAGAUCCAGGCUCUUACGACAGCCCUGGAGACUAAUGAACAGGAGGUCAAGACACUUACAGAACAAAUUCAGGUUCUCCAGCUGGAGUUAGAGCAAGCAAGGGCUACGGAGAAGAACUUUCUCUUCAAUAUCAACAGCCUGCAGGCUCAGUUGGACUAUGCGGAUAAGCAGCUACGGGAACAGAAAAGACUUGGAAAGUGUGAAGAGCUGAAGCCCAAGGAGACUGUUUAUCAGAAAGUUACUGAAAAGCAGCAGGACACCAGUGGAGACAGUCUAGACCUUAGCCUGGAGGACUCUCUCAACUCUACCAGGAGACCCUCAAAAAGGGAAGAGUCCAGCACUCCUGUGCUGCGCAGCUCAGAGCGACUUCAGGCCAAACAACGGGCUCGUGGCGGGGAAUCGCUCGAGACGCUGUACUUCACGCCCAUGAGCGUCCGUAAUGCUGUGGACGGCAAGCUGGAGAGCAGCAUCACCUCUCUGGGAGAGCUUGUGCUGGAUUCAGCCAAGAGGAGCCACUCUGCUCGCCGCCGCACAACACAGGUCAUCAACAUCACCAUGACCAAGAAGACCCCAGGCAGAGUGGAGGCAGACCCAGAGGAUGGCUUCACAUCGGCUCUCAGUCUGCAAUCAGCGCAGUCCUUCCCCAAUCUGGCUAACCAAAGAUGUCGCCCCUUCUCCUUGGAAUUCUCUGAAGAGGCCACCACAAGUGACCAACUCCGGCACCUUCCGGGCUACCGCCGCAGUGCUGCUCACAGUGCCGCCCCUCCCCGCAGCAUCAGCACGUUCAGGGUAGGUGCUGAAAAUGAGCCGGACCAUUCGGAAGACUGGAUGCGUAUUGCGGAGUUGCAGGCUCGAAACCAGGCCUGUUUGCCUCAUCUGAAGAGCAGCUACCCAAUAGAGUCCCGGCCCAGCCUCGGGAACCCUUCAUUCACCAUCACGGAUGAUGACCUGAAAAUGGGUGACCCUAACGAGACUAUCCGCCGGGCCUCCAUGAUGCCAAGUCAGAUCACGGACUCUCUGGCUUCACACCGGCUCUCUAUGCUUCCGGGUCAGAUCCACGACGCUCCGCUCUCCCGCCGCGAAACGAUGCUGCCGGGCGACAUCGGCUCCAGGGCAGCCUCUCAGCACGCUGCCCUGCAUCCCAAACGGUGUGCCAGCAAUGCGCAGAACACCAGGGCUGCCACCCUCCCUCUGAAGCGCGGCGGCUGCGACCUGCCAGGGCCUGACACGCCUGAGACUAAGAAGUUGGCUAGCUGUUUCCCCCGUCCCAUGACUCCCAAAGACCGGAAUGAUCGCCGUUUUGCAUUGCAAAACAGUCAGAACCGACCUCCCAAUACUCCGGUGGAGCGCAGGCAGUCCAUGAUGUUCAGCAUUGAGAACACGCCAAAGAAAAAUGGAAAGAGCUUUCUGCAGAAGGGCAUCAACAAGAUGCGGGCCAGCACUCGCAAGUCCCCGGGCUCCACCAGCAAAAUCCCCCGCUCUGCCAAGUCCCCCCGCGGGGAGAAGCCUCAGCGCAGGUCCCCCCGAAUCAACAGCAACAAGUCUCCAAAGAUCACCUCCAGCGCCAGGAAGAAUGUCAGUGCUCAGUUUAUGGAGUGUGUCUUUGUCCAGAGGGAGGACAUGGCUCUCGAAACAGAGCAGCAGCCGAGAUGAAGUUUAUGAGCUAUAGACCUCGGAUGAAGAUGUGAGUCCAACACUGGAGGUAUUGGGCUCAAGCAGUCAAUCUAAAGGAAAUUGGCCCGGCUCUCCCCUGUAUUUUAUGUUCUUUUUGGAAUAAUCUUUAUUUUGUAAAGAUGUUGUGCAAUAAAUAAAUAAAUUAAAUAUUA